CGGGAAUCAUGUUUUAACAGUACUUCAAAUUCAAUCGUCGAGAUGAACUAUUUAAAAUUAUGUGUGUUGCUUAUUCUUCCCUGUCAGAUCUUCGCAGAGCAAAACUGCUUCGCGAACCAGACAACCGAGGCUUUUAUCGAAAUGGUUCUGGGCAAUAUCACAGCAGGUAGUAGCUAUGUUUUGCCCGUGGACAACUCGAAGCUAGUUUACAUUUCUCCCUGGCAGGAAAAUAUUACAUAUGAUUUCGGGACGUUCGACUUCAUCAUUGUUGGAGCAGGAUCGGCAGGCACUCUCUUGGCGAACAGACUGACAGAGAUCAAGAAGUGGAAAGUACUCCUGUUAGAGGCUGGAGGUCCAGAAAAUGACUUCAGUGACAUUCCAGGAAUGAGUUCAGAGCUUUAUGUGUCAGAUAUGAAUUGGGGAUAUUUUAGCAUACCACAAAAACGAGCGUGUAAAGGAAUGGAUCAAAGUAUAUGUGUCUGCCCCAGAGGUAAAGUUGUAGGAGGUAGUAGCACCAUCAACGGAAAACAGUACGUCAGAGGUAACAAAGCCGACUACGACACAUGGGAAGAAAUGGGCAAUCCUGGCUGGUCCUACAAGGAAGUUUUACCUUAUUUCAUAAAAACGGAAAAUUCCCACAUCGACGACGGAGACCCAAGGUACCACGGUAAAGGUGGUUUGUUAGAUGUCAGUUACGCUGAACCGACCAUAUUUACUUCGGUAUUCAUAAGUGGAAAGGAAGAAUUAGGCUAUGAAGUAGUUGACUAUAAUGGCAAAAGUCAAAUUGGUGUCUCACGAGUUCAGUUUACGAUCAAGGGAAAUAAGGCAGCCAGUGGUGGAAGAGCCUUCAUAGAUCCAUUCUUAGACAGAAGAAAUCUUAACGUUACCGUAAACGCAUUUGUUACUAAAUUAUUAAUAGACAAGGAUACAAAAACAGCACUUGGUGUCGAGUUCAUAAAAGAUGGGAGAAAGUACGAAGUCACAGCUAAAAACGAAGUUGUACUCUCUGCCGGUGCUAUAAACACCCCACAAAUAUUAAUGAUAUCUGGAAUAGGCCCUAAAGAAGAAUUAAAUAAAAUUGGAGUGGAGUCAUUAGUUGAGUUACCAGUUGGAAGAGCCAUGGAAGAUCAUGCGGUUUUCUUUGGUUUAAACAUCAGAAGCAACCAGACGUUGUUUAACGAGUCUAUAGAAAUAUUUUUACAAAAUUACUUAAACAACCACAGGCCUUAUACGGCGCCGUUUAAUGUAGAUUCUUUCGGUUUCAUAAACGUAAACGACAACGAGAGUUCAGUACCAAAUAUUCAGCAAACAGUAGGCACACCUCCAGAAGGCACACCAAAUGAAUGGAGAACAACGAAUUUGAAUAUGGAAUUAAUAGAACAGCUUGAGGAACUAUCAAAUCCUUACAACGAUUUUAUUAUAUGGUUGGUGUUGCUGCACCCAAAAUCUAAAGGAAGCCUCACAUUGAAAUCCAACAAUCCUCUUGACUUUCCCAUUAUUGAUUACAAUUACUAUGAAGAUGAUGAAGAUGUUGAAACCAUGCUCAAAGCCAUUAAAGAAUCAUUAAAACUACUGGAAACUGCCGCUUUCAAGGCCGUGAAUGCCACAUACGUUUCAACGUAUAAUAUUUGCACUAAUUAUACUGAAGGGACAGACGACUACUGGCGUUGUAUGAUCGAAUACCUGACCACUACUCUCUAUCAUCCUGUUGGAACUACGAGAAUGGGUAAAUCAAGCAAUGAUUCCGUGGUAAGCCCGAAACUGUUUGUGCACGGUAUGAACAGAUUGAGAGUAGUGGAUGCUGGGGUUAUGCCCAAAAUACCAUCCGGAAAUACUAAUGCACCAACCUACAUGAUUGCCGAAAAAGCUGCAGAUGAAAUAAAAAGUUACUGGAUUGGAAACGAAUUUAAACCCUAACUUUUUUCCGUUCUUUUGCCUGUUUGUUAAUAAUUCUGCAAAAGCAUCAGGCAAUUGUUACAUAUUUUUAUUAAACUAUUCUUAUUUUAACUAUAUUAGAUGAAUGUAUCAAAGCAUUAUACAAAAAUAUAAUUGCUUGACAGCUGUUGUAUCGUUACUUCAUCAAUCCUUGAAGAUGCGGACAAAAAUUAUUCACGUUCACCGAUUUAUAUUAACGAUAUGUAGACAUAAGACAUAAUCUCCUUGGGUAGGAAUAAUUCCGAAAGCUCGAGCAAUAAAAAAGAUUUUAGAUGUU